CGGGGGCGCGGGGGCCUGGUGGCGGCCGGGCCGGGAGCGGCGCGCGGGCGGGGCGCGGGCCGGCGGCGGGGAGGCGCCCGCGUCCGAGGCCCGAGCCGGGCCUGAGCGCCGCGCCAUGGCGGAGACCAAGAUCAUCUAUCACAUGGACGAGGAGGAGACGCCGUACCUGGUCAAGCUGCCCGUGGCGCCCGAGCGCGUCACGCUGGCCGACUUCAAGAACGUGCUCAGCAACCGGCCCGUGCACGCCUACAAAUUCUUCUUCAAGUCCAUGGACCAGGACUUCGGGGUUGUGAAGGAGGAGAUCUCUGACGAUAAUGCCAAGCUGCCCUGCUUCAACGGCCGCGUGGUCUCCUGGCUGGUCCUGGCUGAGGGCGCACACUCGGACGCGGGGUCUCAGGGCACGGACGGCCACGCAGACCUGCCCCCGCCUCUCGAGCGGACCGGCGGCAUCGGGGACUCCCGGCCCCCUUCCUUCCACCCGAAUGUGGCCGGCAGCCGUGACGGGCUGGACAACGAGACCGGCACAGAGUCCCUGGUCGGCCACCGGCGGGAGCGAGCCCGACGCCGGAACCGCGAGGAGGCCGCACGGACCAACGGGCACCCGAGGGCGGACCGGCGGCGCGACGCGGGGCUGCCCCCUGACAGCGCGUCCACCGUGCUGAGCAGCGAACUGGAGUCCAGCAGCGUCAUCGACUCGGACGAGGACGGCAGCACCAGCCGGCUGAGCAGCUCCACGGAGCAGAGCACCUCCUCCCGGCUCAUCCGGAAGCAUAAGCGCCGGCGUCGGAAGCAGCGCCUGCGGCAGACGGACCGGGCCUCCUCCUUCAGCAGCAUCACGGACUCCACCAUGUCCCUGAACAUCAUCACCGUCACCCUCAACAUGGAGAGGCACCACUUCCUGGGCAUCAGCAUCGUGGGCCAGAGCAACGACCGCGGGGACGGCGGCAUCUACAUCGGCUCCAUCAUGAAGGGCGGGGCCGUGGCCGCCGACGGCCGCAUCGAGCCGGGCGACAUGCUGCUGCAGGUCAACGACGUCAACUUUGAGAACAUGAGCAACGACGACGCCGUGCGGGUCCUGCGGGAGAUCGUGUCCCAGACGGGGCCCAUCAGCCUCACCGUGGCCAAGUGCUGGGACCCGACGCCCCGGAGCUACUUCACCAUCCCGAGGGCUGACCCGGUUCGGCCCAUCGACCCGGCCGCCUGGCUGUCCCACACGGCGGCGCUGACGGGAGCCCUGCCCCGCUACGGUACGAGCCCCUGCUCCAGCGCCGUCACGCGCACCAGCUCCUCCUCACUAACCAGCUCUGUGCCCGGCGCUCCGCAGCUGGAGGAGGCGCCGCUGACGGUGAAGAGUGACAUGGGCGCCGUCGUGCGGGUCAUGCAGCUGCCGGACUCGGGCCUGGAGAUCCGCGACCGCAUGUGGCUGAAGAUCACCAUCGCCAACGCUGUCAUCGGGGCCGACGUGGUGGACUGGCUGUACACGCACCUGGAGGGCUUCCGCGAGCGGCGCGAGGCGCGCAAGUACGCCAGCAGCAUGCUCAAGCGCGGCUUCCUGCGGCACACGGUGAACAAGAUCACCUUCUCUGAGCAGUGCUACUACGUCUUCGGGGACCUGUGCAGCAGUGAGUGGGGGCUGCGGGGCGGGGGGUCCCCGGGGCGCGCCCACCCCCCCCUCACCCGCGCCCCCCCCCCCCCCCCCCCCGCAGACCUCGCCGCCCUGAACCUCAACAGCGGCUCCAGCGGGGCCUCGGACCAGGACACGCUGGCCCCACUGCCCCACCCGGCCGCCCCCUGGCCCCUGGGUCAGGGCUACCCCUACCAGUACCCGGGGCCCCCGCCCUGCUUCCCGCCUGCGUACCAGGACCCCGGCUUUGGCUACGGCAGCGGCAGUGCGGGCAGUCAGCAGAGUGAAGGAAGCAAAAGCAGUGGGUCCACCCGGAGUGCUGGCGGGAGCAGCCGUCGGGCCCUGGGCCGCGAGAAGGAGAGCCGGUCAGCUGGAGCUGGGGGCAGUGGCAGUGAGUCGGACCACACAGCGCCAAGUGGGGCCGGCAGCGGCAGCUGGCGGGAGCGUCCAGCGAGCCAGCUCAGCCGCGGCAGCAGCCCGCGCAGCCAGGCCUCGGCCGCCGCCCCAGGACUCCCCCCGCUGCACCCCCUGACGAAGGCGUACUCGGUGGUGGGCGGGCCGCCGGGGGGGCCGCCUGUCCGGGAGCUGGCCGCUGUCCCCCCGGAGCUGACGGGCAGCCGCCAGUCCUUCCAAAAGGCCAUGGGGAACCCCUGUGAGUUCUUUGUAGAUAUCAUGUGAGAGGAGAGCGUGCCUUCAGCCUGGCCGUGGCGCGGCCCGUGGUCUGCUGCUCCUGGAGCUCGGGUGGGCUUGCCUCAGUGGCCAUCCCAGGUCAGGUCAGCCUGUGCCCCACGCUGUGGGGCCUGGGCCUGGACAGCAUGGCAGCACGCUGGAGGAGGGGGGCUGAGGGCAGCCCAGGCCCCCGUGACCUGGAUGGCAGCCUGUCUACUCCUGGCCUGAGCAGCCGUGUCUGCGCAGACCCUGGCGGGGGGGCCUGCAUCUCCCUGUGCUCAGGCAGUUCUGACCUGCCCUGCUUGGCGUGUGCCUCAGGGACCCCACGCACCCACAGACCUGCGCACAGGGACUCAGACUGAGCUGAGAGGUGCCCGCUAGGCCUGGGCCCCCCUCUUCACCCAGUUCACAGGCCCCACCCAUCUUGCCCAGGCCUGGGUGGGGGGUGCUCUCGGGGGUAGGAUCUAAUUUAUUUAUUUAUUGCCUGGCCUGUGUGCUCCACGGGGUGGCGGCCGAGUCAGCCAUCCCCCACCCCCAGCCACUGGAGCAGUUUCACGUGUCCCCCGACCCCAGCAGGGACACAGUUGUGCCUGAAGGUGUGCGGGAAGACAGUGAAGGGGAGAUGGAGGGGGGAAGGGGACCCUGGGGGCGAGGGCCACACAUGCCCAUGGCUGCUGCAGGGGCGGGGUCUGGGGCAGAGGGUGUGGCCAGCUCACCCCUCCUGGUGGUCCUGGGGUGGCCACCCGCCCACACGCCCUCCGUCCAGUGUCUCUGGCCUGCACACGUUUGCGCUGCAGAUACUGUAUCGAGUCGGAGCACCGUCCAGAUAGCUAAUAGAGCUGCUUCUGUGUAAAUGCUAUUUUAAACACUAAAAAGCAUUUAAUUUUAUGGGA